AUGCGUUGGUCCUUGGCUUUCGCAUGUCUUGAUCGAGUUGCUUUAUCAUCUUCCAACAUGCGUUGGCACAAUUUUAGUAAAGUUCAUGUUGCAUAUCGAGUUGUUGCAAUUAUGGUAGUCACUUGGUUAAUAUUACCUGUCCCCAGUCUUUUCUAUUAUAAUAUUAAAGGACCUAUUUGUGCCGCUAUUUACAAUCGUGCUACACAAUAUUAUCAUCCAAUAUUUAUUAUUAUUACUGGAUUUAUCAUUCCAGUAUCAAUCAUGAUUAUCUCUGCCUUUCUUAUUUAUAAUAAUCUUGUGAAGAAAAGAAAACGUCGUCAAUUAAUGAACACACAACAACAACAAGAAAUAAGAAAUCAAACAGACAAUCAACAACGCAAACGUGAUCGGCAAGUUUUAUGGAUACUUCUUUGUCAAUCAAUAGCUUAUAUUUGUGCAACAAUACCAUGGCUUAUUUAUCUUACUUAUAGUACUAUAGCAGUUAGUGUCACAAACAAGUCAACUGAAAGACUAGUUAUUGAACGAUUUGCUUAUUUUCUUGUUGAACCAAUACAGUAUCUAUUUCCAAUGUCAUCAUUCUAUUUAUAUGUAAUGACAUCAAGUAUGUAUCGAAAAGAAUUCAUUAUGAUGAUACGUUCUUUACUGCCACAAAAAUGGUUUAACAAUAACAAUAACAAUAAUAAUAACAGGAUCAUACCAAUUACAGAUUCUUCUAAUAAGAGAAUUGUAAAUGGACCUCAAAUUCAAUUGAAAACAACAGAAGAAGUGAUGAAUCCUUCUGAGAACAUACCCACACCAGCAACUGAUAUCAUUAUUAAAUAA